CGUGCACUCUCUCCCCUGUCCUUUUCCUCCUCCCUUCAUUAAUUCUCUCUUCCGAGAUCUGAUUUUCCCUCACUUUCCCGAGAAAAUAAUCCCCCGAUCUCCCCGGGAAUUCCCCCCGGCCGUUCGAUUCCGGCGCGCGCUCCGGCGAUCGCUCGCUCGCUCGCUAGCCGGUUCUUCUCUCGCUCGUUCCACCGGAGAUGGCGGGCGAAUGGAUACUGACGUUGACCGCGCAGACGCCGACGAACAUCGCGGUGAUCAAGUACUGGGGGAAGCGGGACGAGUCCCUCAUCUUGCCCGUGAACGACAGCAUCAGCGUGACCCUGGAUCCCGGGCACCUCUGCACCACCACCACCGUCGCCGUCAGCCCCGCCUUCGAGCAGGACCGCAUGUGGCUCAAUGGCAAGGAGAUAUCUCUUUCUGGAGAUAGAUUUCAGAGUUGUUUGAGAGAAAUUCGAGCCCGUGCUACUGACGUUGAGAAUAAGGAAAAAGGAAUUAAAAUUUCAAAGAAAGAUUGGGAGAAACUGCACCUCCACAUUUCUUCCUUUAACAAUUUCCCCACUGCUGCUGGUUUAGCUUCCUCAGCUGCAGGCUUGGCCUGUUUAGUGUUUGCUCUUGGAAAGUUAAUGAAUGUUCAAGAAGAUCACAGUCAACUUUCUGCUAUUGCUAGGCAAGGUUCAGGUAGUGCUUGUCGCAGCUUAUAUGGUGGAUUCGUAAAGUGGAUAAUGGGAAAAGAGGAAAAUGGAAGCGACAGCCUUGCUGUUCAGCUAGCAGAUGAAAAACACUGGGAUGAACUUGUUAUUAUCAUUGCUGUGGUAAGUUCGCGGCAAAAGGAAACAAGUAGCACCUCAGGAAUGCGUGAAAGUGUUGAAACAAGUUUGCUUUUGCAACAUAGAGCGAAGGAGGUGGUGCCCAAGCGGAUUCUAAAGAUGGAAGAAGCCAUUCAGAAUCGCGACUUUGCAUCUUUUGCAGCACUAGCCUGUGCUGACAGUAAUCAGUUCCAUGCAGUGUGCCUCGAUACAUCUCCUCCAAUUUUCUACAUGAAUGACACAUCCCACAGGAUAAUUAACUGUGUUGAGAAAUGGAAUCGCUCAGAAGAAGCGCCUCAGGUUGCAUACACUUUUGAUGCGGGGCCAAAUGCAGUUCUUAUCGCACGCAAUAGAAAGGCAGCUUCACUGUUGAUUCAGCGACUGCUAUACUACUUCCCUCCCAACCCAGAAACCGACAUGAACAGUUAUGUUCUUGGUGACAAGUCAAUCCUGAAAGAUGCUGGAAUCCAAGGGAUAGAUGAUGUAGAAGCUUUGCCACCACCUCCGGAGAUCAAGGAUAAGAUUCCCGCCCAGAAGAACAGAGGUGAAGUUAGUUACUUCAUCUGCACAAGACCUGGGAGGGGUCCGGUUGUGCUCUCAGAUGAGAGUCAGGCUCUUAUUGACCCUAAAACGGGGUUGCCCAAAUAAACGGUUUCAGCUUCAUGUCUAUUUCAUCUGUAAACUUCAAAGUACCUUUUCUUUUGGCAUAAAGGAAGGCCCUCAAAUUAAUUGAGAAGCCACUCUCUCCGUUUCUUUUUGAAUUUGUGUUCUUUUAGUGUGGACUUGCUAUCACAAGCUCAUCUGUUUUGUAGCCUUAUCUUCAACGAGGCAAAUAGUCAAGUUACAUCAUCAAUGAAAUACCACUGCUGAAUUCUCAAA